CUAAAUUCCCCACUCUUCCUCCCCUCUCCCUCCCCACCCAAACCCUCGCGCCGCCACCCCCAGCCUCCGCCCGGAUCCAGACCGCCUCCGCCGCCGAGCACCAUGGGCUUCGACGUCGGCGUCGUCGCCUUCAACCCGGAGGGCUGGGGCCCUCCCGACACCGCGCCGGCGCCGGCAUCCCUUGGCGGUGGCGCCGCCGCGGCCUCCAUCCCCUUCGCGCCCUUCUCCCGCUCGGACAAGCUGGGACGGAUCGCCGACUGGACGCGCAACCCGGCGGGCCCCGCCGCCCUCGCCGCCGCCUCCCGCGACUCCGUCUUCGACUUCACCUCCGUCGACGACUCCCUCGCCGCCGCCGCGGAGGACUCCUCGUUCCGCCUCGUCGACGCCAAGCCGCCGCCGCGCCACCCGCGGUUCGGCCCCAAGUGGCGCUUCAACCAGCGUCCGCAGCUCCCGCAGCGCCGCGACGAGGAGGUGGAGGCGCGCCGCCGCGAGGCCGAGAAGGAGCGCGCCCGCCGCGAGCGCCACUUCCAGAACAACCGCUCCCACCACCACCCCGGCUUCCGCGGCAACCAGUCCUCGUCGGCCAAGUCCUCCGUCGACAUCCAGCCCGACUGGACCAUGCGUGAGCAGAUCCCCUUCGCCAACUUUACCAAGCUCUCCUUCUCCGUCGCCGACCAGCCCGAGGACCUCCUCUUGUGCGGCGCCGUCGAGUACUACGACCGCGCCUUCGAUCGCGUCAACCCCAAGGCCGCACGCCGCCUCGAGCGCUUCAAGUCUCGCAACUUCUUCAAGGUCACCACCACCGACGACCCUGUCAUCCGCCGCCUGGCUGAGGAGGACAAGGCCACGGUGUUCGCCACCGACGCCAUCCUCGCCGCGCUUAUGUGCACACCCCGCAGCAUCCACUCGUGGGACAUCGUCGUGCAGCGCGUCGGCAACAAGCUCUUCUUUGACAAGCGUGAUGGUUCCCAGCUCGAUCUGCUAUCUGUCAACGAGACCGCGCAGGAGCAGCUCCCAGAAAACAAGGAUGAUAUCAACUCCGCGCACUCCCUGGCUGUCGAGGCUACCUACAUCAACCAGAACUUCUCGCAGCAGGUGCUUCUUCGCGAUGGUGAGAAGGUUACCUUUGAUGAGCCUAACCCGUUUGCUUCUGAGGGCGAGGAGGCAGCAUCUGUUGGCUACCGCUACCGCCGCUGGAAGCUGGAUGAUGAGAUCAGCAUUGUUGCUCGCUGUGAAGUGCAUGCUGUGAAUGCUGAUCCAGGUGGUGGUCGUCAGUUCCUUACUCUCAAUGCGCUCAAUGAGUUUGAUCCUAAGAUUACUGGUGUUGACUGGAGGCAGAAGCUUGAGACACAGCGUGGGGCUGUGCUCGCUACAGAGCUCAAGAACAAUGCCAACAAACUUGCUCGCUGGACUUGCCAGGCUUUGCUUGCUGGUGCUGACAUGAUGAAGUUGGGAUAUGUGUCACGUGUGCACCCCCGUGAUCACUACAACCAUGCCAUACUCACUGUUAUGGGAUACAAGCCAAGGGAUUUUGCUACACAGAUCAACCUCAACACAUCAAACAUGUGGGGAAUUGUCAAGUCGAUCGUGGACAUCUGCAUGAAGUUUGAGGAGGGAAAGUAUGUGCUUGUAAAAGAUCCAGCGAAGCCACAAGUGAGGAUCUAUGAGGUGCCUUCUGAUGCAUUUGAGAAUGACUAUGUGGAAGAGCCACUUCCGGAGGAGGAACAGGUUCGGCCGCCAUCAGAUGAUGUUGAUGCUACCGCGGAGGAAAUGGAUGCAGCGGCAGAGGCUGAGGCGAACAAUGCAGCAGCUUCUGCAGGUGGUGAGGGCGAGAAGAGCGCAGAAGCUGCUGCCGCUUGAAGGGCUCCUCUUCAGGUUGCCAGCUAGAUCCUUUUUGGUUUAAUUAUCUGUUUUUAUGGUUUACAUUUAAGAGUUGAACUGCCUGUUAUCGAUACAGUGGUCUUGUUUGGUCGAUGAUAAAACUGUUCUGUUUUUCAUCUUAAAGAUGCUAAGUUGCCCGCUCAAUGACUAUGUUGGUACUCCUAGUUUGAUAUCACUUCUGGCUGUUUAUUGACCAUGUUACUAUGUUUAAACCA